AUGGAGCUUCUAGGGAAAGCGAUGGUGGUGUGGAGGGUGGAAGUAGGCAAGAAGAAAUUUACGUUGUCUCACAUCACACAGCUGGUUCUGAGUCACAACAAGCUUACAACUGUGCCAGCAAACAUUGCAGACCUGAGAAACAUAGAAGUGCUCAACUUUUUCAACAACCAGAUUGAGGAGUUGCCUACACAGAUUAGCAGCCUUCAGAAGCUCAAACACCUGAAUCUUGGCAUGAACAGGCUAAACACCUUGCCAAGGGGAUUUGGCUCUUUACCAGCUCUGGAGGUUCUUGACUUGACUUACAACAACUUAAAUGAAAAUUCUCUACCAGGAAACUUCUUCUAUCUGACCACCCUGCGUGCACUCUAUCUAAGUGACAACGAUUUUGAAAUCCUGCCGCCAGAUAUUGGGAAGCUCACAAAGUUGCAGAUACUGAGUCUUAGAGACAAUGACCUGAUAUCACUGCCUAAAGAAAUUGGUGAGCUCACUCAGCUUAAGGAACUUCAUAUCCAGGGAAAUCGUCUUACCGUGCUGCCCCCAGAACUAGGUAAUUUGGAUUUGACUGGUCAAAAGCAAGUCUUCAAAGCAGAGAACAACCCUUGGGUUACCCCUAUUGCUGACCAGUUCCAGCUGGGAGUAUCUCAUGUUUUUGAAUACAUACGUUCAGAAACAUAUAAAUAUCUUUAUGGCAGACACAUGCAGGCAAACCCUGAACCUCCAAAGAAGAACAAUGACAAGUCAAAGAAGAUCAGCCGUAAGCCUCUGGCAGCCAAAAACAAAUAA